CUGGAGCACGACUUUUAGUCGAAGAAAUCGACCCCGGGACUUAUUCUUUUUCACUAUGAGCAAACCCAAAUUUCACGACAUGCCACUGAUAUCUCGAGCAGUGAAAUACAAAAAAUACGUGGAAGAAAAACCACCUUCGGUAGCAUCAAAUAAUGUGACGAAAACAUUUGAAGACAUCAGUCGCCGCUUGAGCCAACGAAAGAAGUUGUUCCGCCAGCGUCGACGAAUUGUGAACGUUGAGUUUUCUCUUGCUAUGUUUGGCAUAAUUUUAAUGUUAAUUGAAACAGAAUUACAUUCCAGAAAUUACUACACGAAAUCAUCUCUCAUAUCGUUUUCUAUCAAAUUUUCAAUCUCUCUUUCAACAUUAGCUCUACUGGGUGCUAUAAUACUUUAUCACAUUACCGGCAUACGUUUAAGAAUGACCGCAAAUGGUUUGGAAGAUUGGCGACUGGCAACAGAUACGAGUACAUAUAUAAAAGUGUGUACGGAACUGAUAAUAUGUGCUAUACACCCUCCGCCAAUGAGCAUUCAAAUAGAAUUAUCUUUUAAAGAUGGUGAAAAUAAAAUGGUCAGUCUUGAUCCCUUUCUAUCCAUUUUGAUGUUGUUACGACUUUACAUCGUUGGCAAAUUUAUGGUGAUUCACAGCAAGUUAUACAGUGAUACUUCUACACAGAGUCUCGGUGCGCUCAAUAAAGUGAAAAUUAACUCUCCUUUUAUAUUCAAAGCUUUGAUGUCUACAAAACCAGGGACCACUUUGAUAGCUAUAAUGGUAAUCAUGUUCUUUGUGGAUAGCUGGGCGAUGAAGACAUGCGAAUUUUACUAUGCCAGUAAAAACGAGAAUAAUUUUUCCAACUCAAUGUGGUUGAUAGCAAUUACAUUCCUUACGGUUGGUUAUGGAGACGUGACACCAAAUAGUUCAUGCGGUCAGUUUAUUUGUGUAUGCACUGGGUUAAUGGGAGUUGGAACCACGGCUCUGCUUGUAGCAGUGAUUGCUCAGAAAAUUGAACAGACUAGAGCCGAGAAAUAUGUGCACAAUUUUGUGACAAGAGCGCAUCUUGACAAAUGUUACAGAAACGCGGCCGCAGACGUUGUGAAGCAGGUAAUGUUUUUGUGGUGUCAUCAUAAAGGCAAGAAAUUGUCGGAGCAGCGGUUGACCCCCGCUGGUUCACUGAAUUCUGUCAGUAGAAGCAAAUACACAGAUACUUUAAAACAUAGAAGCAAGUUACUGCAAUCUAUUCAACUAAUGCGGGUUGCCAAGAGCGAAAAUAUUACGUUGAGAGAAAGUGCCAUUGGAUUAAUAGAAUUGAGUAAGACUUUGGAAAACGUUCUUCGGAUGGUAGAUGAGUUGAACACUAAGCAAAACAACAUCUGUGAAAGGGUGGUGUCUCUAGAGACUAGCACAAACCAAAUAAAUGAUAAACUCGACGCAAUACAUAAUUUAUUGCUAGGUAAAUAAACGUAUUUAGAGAUUUACCAACAUUUUAAAAUUAGAGACUUACAAAAAGUUUAAAAAAAUAACAUUUUAAAAUUAACUAGCACCAGCCUGUCACGUUGUUAGACUAUUUUAGAGUUUCUUCCAUGAAUAUCAUUAUUAUACCUCAACAACAGACUCUCUAAACCACUCACAUUGCGGUUUAAUCAUCACAAAUUCCUCUCGUUAUCGUAGAGCUAAUUUUAAGUUUGAUAAAGUUUAAUAAAGUUUUGAUGUUAUCAUGUUAAUUUCUGUGGUUUUCGGCAUAUCUUGCUCUGCAAAGACUAACCUCGCCGAUUCCACCAAUCACUACACUUCAAAUAAAAGUUAGUGUGGCAUUACUACUGUUACCAUAAUGUGUGUAAUACAGUUAGCAAUGUCUCAGUUACAGUAGCUCUUGCUAUUUUAUCUCUAAUUUCCUCUUAUCUAGUAUUUGACUUUACUACACAUUUUGUAUUGUAGCAAUAGUUAAUGCUGAAGAAGGUGAUAGUUUAAAACAUUUGUGGAGGUUUCAAAAACCAUCGGUAGAAUAACAGCCGUGGAUGCUAUUAACAUAUAUUGGUUUUAAAAUAGCUAUUAGUGUUGUAAAAAACCCAUGACAUUCUAACAGUCGCUGAUACUAUAGAAAAUAGUUUUAAAACAUGUUGGUGUUGCGAAAAUGCGAAAAUGUUAACAGUUGUUUGAUGCUGUUAAUAAGUGAUGGCUUUGAAAUACCUGUUGAGAACAUCAUUGGUCUUGUAACAGUUGUUGAUACCAGCUGCAGAUGUUAAUUUCAAAACUUCUGCUGCUCGCUCUGGCAAACACUGUUGAUGUUGUAACUGCAGAUGCUCCCUUUUCAGGCACUGGCUUCCAAUCAUUUGUUGCUGUCAUUUCCAGUAUUGUUGGUUUUGUAACAGUUGCUGAUGCUGCAGUAGAUUUUUGUUCUAAAACAUCUGCUGCUAUUGGCAAGCAAAAUGCAAGAGGAAAGAAAAGAAAGAAACACCAUUGAUCCAGUUUAGCGAUGCAUGGAAUACUGAGGCAUGAUGACUUUCAGAAUAUUCAACUGCUUUUCUUUUUAGUGUCUCGCAGAGCAGUUCUUUGGUGCAGCAUUCUUCUUUACAAUGUAUUGUAGCAUAUUUUGUAAUGUUCUGUAAUGUUUAUUUCUUUGUGUGAUAUUGUGCAGUGAAGUAGUAUAUUGCAAUGUAUUUAUUUUUGUAAUUUGUUAGAGUGCAGUAAUAACUAUUAAUGUGUUGUGGCUUUGAAAUGUUUUAUUGUAGUAGUAGUAGUAGUAGUAGUAGUAGUAGUAGUAGUAGUAGUAGUAGUAGUUGUAGUAGUAUAGUAGUAGCAACAAUAGUAGUAGUAGUAGUAUCAGUAGUAGUAAUGGUAGUAGUAGUAGUGGUAGUAGUAGUAGUAGCUGUAGCAGCAGCAUACUGUUUGUGUAACGUUUGUAGCUUAGUAUUAUGGUGUACUGUCUUAUGUUCUAUGUGUGUUUUUAUUUUUCAUUUUGUGACAUAUGGUCGUUUUGUAGUGUUACUGUUAAGAGAAUGUGGCACUGGCUAGAAUGAAAAGAAAAAAACAUUGACAAACAUCUGCUAAAGUAAAAAAAAUAUUAGUGCCGUUAAAGGAAUUGGUGUUGACGCAUAGUGUUAAAACCGGUGUUGAUGUUGCAGUGUGUGCUGGUGCUGCAACAAGGCUCAGAGGUAUGCUGCGCUGAUGCAAUCAGUAGCUGUUACUAGAUCAUUGAUAGAUCCGUUGUGCUGAUGUAAUAUUUAUUUCUUUUAAUGAGGCGCAAUGAUCACUUUUACGGAAGGAGUAUACAAUCAACUGAAUCGAUCUCAUUGAUAUUAUUGUUAUAUUAUAUAAUAUGUUAUAUUAUAAAUAUUUAUUUUAGCAAAACCCCGGAAAGAUGAAAAUCAAAGUUGGUUCCGUUAAUAUAUUAGAUGAACCUGAAAAAUGUAAAGUAUUUAGUUUGACGCAGAGCUAUUUCGCCAAUUUCUCACGCUUAAUUGAUUACAUAUCGAUUUUGCUGAUUGAGGUACAAAUAAUCAGUUGAAUCGAAUCCUUUAUAAUAGUGUUCUGUAUUUUGUUUCCAACUUUGGAAGGAUGUAAGCUGAAGUUUAUCCCAGCAGGAUUUGAAUUCAGAAUCACGAGAAAUGAAACUAAAUAUUGUAAACAAGAAAACCCGACCUCUUCAUCACGCAUGUGACUGAUGUACUGUCGAGAGAAAUAUGAACAUCACAACUCGUUUCAUCUAAAUUUUGGAAAGUAUUUCAUUUGGCGCCCAUCUCGAUUGGAUGUGUUCCAUAAUCUUUUUGCUUACCAUCUUCCAUUAAAACUUUGGUUCUUCAAACUAACCCGGAAAAGCAAAGGGCAAACUUUCCGAAGCUGUCCUCCCUGAGACAAUAUUUCAAAACCAGGGGAAAUUGUUAUGCACGGUAAUCAACAUAUUAUUAGAAAAAUAUAAUUUUGUACUAAAGCCUUAUUGAACU